CAAAACAACAAAAAACUGCGCGAGUCGGACGCGGUUUUUGUCAUCAAGCGCGGUUUCUUUGUUUUUAGCGCUUGAAAAUUGUCGGAAACUCUCGUAAAAAAUAUACUUAACAAACUAACUGAAAAGUGCAUACAAUGUGAACAAAAAAAUAAGUUAGAUGUGUACAUAAAUAUUCAACAAACAAAUAAACCCGAAUUUGUUGGCGGCAUUUUUUUAUUAUUGUCCAGAAUCUGUGUUGAUUUUUCCGGUUUAAUGCUUAACCAUCGAAACAGUUCAAUAUUUCCAGCAGUGUAUAGUGAGAUAAAAUUGGAUUAAAAGUCAAGCAAUUAUCAGUGCUAAACAGAAAUAAAACACAAAAAUACAAAUAAAAAGAAAUCAAAUCAAAUUGGAUUAUCGCCCCAGCUUCUGGGACUUGACACAGGAUGUUGACUUCUUGUGGUCGCUUUCACCUGCACCAGCAGCAAUAUCCCUCACACUUCUCCGCGUAGAAUAGGCAUUUCCGGUAUUGCAGCGCGGGAACGGCAGCAAUCAGAAGCGCUGCCAGCGGCAACCAGCUAAAUCAGCCGAUAUCAGAUAUAGACAACCGAUAUAUAUAUAUAUUCGCCGCCGCUGUCGCCGCCUUGUUCUUCGCGAUUUCGUCGCCGUCAGCGUUCGCCGCCGACUGAGACGAAAGCUGCGAAGCAACGAGCGCCAGCGAAAGCCUCACCACGGACGCAUUUAUGGAUGCGGGCGGCCUGCCAGUUUUCCAGAGCGCCAGCCAAGCAGCCGCCGUCGCCCAGCAGCAGCAACAGCAACAACAGCAGCAGCAGCAGCAGCAACAUCUGAAUCUCCAGUUGCACCAGCAGCACUUGGGCCUUCAUCUGCAACAGCAACAGCAGCUGCAACUGCAACAGCAGCAACACAAUGCCCAAGCCCAGCAGCAGCAGCAGAUCCAAGUGCAGCAGCAGCAGCAGCAGCAGCAACAACAGCAGCAGCAGCAACACUCGCCCUACAAUGCCAACCUGGGAGCAACAGGCGGAAUUGCUGGAAUCACUGUUGGCAAUGGAGCUGGCGUCCCUGCGAAUCCAGGAGCGGUCUCCUCUGCCCCGGGCGACUCCAAGCGAAUGCCGCAACAGCAGCAGCAGCAGCAACACUCGCCCUACAACGCCAACAUGGGAGCAACAGGCGGAUUCGCUGGAAUCACUGGUGGCGGCAACGGAACUGGCUUACCUGCAAAUCCAGGAGCGGUCUCCUCGGGCCAGGGUGACUCCAUGCCGGCGAAGCGGCUGCCGGUCGUCGACCGUCUGCGUCGCCGCAUGGAGAACUACCGCCGCCGGCAGACGGACUGCGUGCCGCGCUACGAGCAGGCAUUUAGCACCGUUUGCGAGCAGCAGAACCAGGAAACCACCGCCCUCCAGAAGCGCUUCCUCGAGAGCAAGAAUAAGCGGGCGGCCAAGAAGACCGACAAGAAGCUGCCCGAUCCCUCGCAGCAGCAGCAGCAUCAACAGCAGCAGCAGCAACACCAGCAACAGCAGCAUCAGCAGCACCAGCAACUUCAGCAGGCCCAGACGAUGUUAGCCGGACAGCUGCAGAGCAGUGUUCAUGUGCAACAAAAAAUCCUAAAACGACCCGCGGAGGAUGUUGACAAUGGCGCUGAACCGCCGCAUAAGUUGCCCAAUAAUAACAACAAUAGCAAUAACUACAAUGGCAACUCGAAUGCCAACAACGGCGGCAACAGCAAUGGCAACAACACCGGCAACAACAGCAACAACACGAACAACAACGGCAACGGCACCAACAACGGCAACAGCAACAACAACGGCUCUGAGAAUCUAACCAAAUUCUCUGUGGAAAUAGUGCAACAGCUGGAGUUUACCACAUCCGCGGCCAAUUCGCAACCGCAACAGAUUAGCACGAAUGUCACUGUGAAGGCGCUCACCAAUACGUCCGUGAAGAGUGAACCAGGAGUGGGCGGUGGCGGAGGGGGCGGCGGUGGAGGUGGUAGCGGCAACAACAACAACGGAGGCGGUGGAGGUGGCGGCAACAACAACAACGGGAACGGCAACGAUCACCACCAGCAACAACAGCAACAGCAGCAACAACAAGGCGGCGGUCUGGGAGGCCUCGGCAAUAAUGGGCGUGGCGGGGGACCCGGCGGCAUGGCCACGGGUCCCGGAGGCGUGGCCGGCGGCCUUGGCGGCAUGGGCAUGCCACCCAACAUGAUGUCGGCCCAGCAGAAGUCCGCGCUAGGCAAUCUGGCCAAUUUGGUGGAGUGCAAACGGGAACCGGAUCACGAUUUCCCCGAUCUCGGCUCGCUGGACAAGGAUGGCGGUGGUGGCCAGUUUCCCGGCUUCCCUGAUCUCCUCGGCGACGACAACUCGGAGAACAACGACACCUUUAAGGAUCUCAUCAACAACCUGCAGGACUUCAAUCCCAGUUUCCUCGACGGCUUCGAUGAGAAACCGCUGCUGGACAUCAAGACGGAGGAUGGCAUUAAAGUAGAGCCGCCGAAUGCCCAGGAUCUUAUCAACAGCUUGAAUGCAAAAUCCGAGGGCGGCUUGGGUCAUGGUUUCGGUGGCUUUGGCCUGGGUCUGGACAACUCGGGCAUGAAGAUGCGCGGCGGCAAUCCCGGCAACCAAGGUGGCUUUCCCAACGGACCGAAUGGCGGCGCAGGUGGCGGUGCCCCCAAUAAUGCGGGCGGAAAUGGUGGAAACUCUGGUAAUCUCAUGUCUGAUCAUCCGCUGGCCGCUCAGACACUCAAACAAAUGGCCGAGCAGCAUCAGCACAAGAAUGCCAUGGGAGGCAUGGGCGGUUUUCCCCGUCCCCCGCACGGCAUGAACCCCCAGCAGCAGCAGCAACAGCAGCAACAACAGCAGCAGCAGCAACAGGCCCAGCAGCAACAUGGUCAGAUGAUGGGACAAGGACAGCCGGGUCGCUAUAACGACUACGGUGGCGGCUUCCCCAAUGACUUUGGCCUGGGACCCAACGGUCCGCAGCAGCAGCAGCAACAGCAGCAACAGCCGCAGCAGCAACACCUGCCGCCGCAGUUCCACCAGAAGGGUCCUGGACCAGGAGCUGGCAUGAAUGUGCAGCAGAGCUUCCUGGACAUCAAGCAGGAGCUCUUUUAUUCCUCUCAAAACGAUUUCGAUCUCAAGCGCCUGCAGCAGCAGCAGGCCAUGCAGCAGCAACAGCAGCAGCAACAUCACCAGCAACAGCAGCAGCAGCCCAAAAUGGGUGGCGUGCCGAACUUCAACAAGCAGCAGCAGCAGCAACAGGUGCCGCAGCAGCAACUGCAACAGCAGCAGCAAUACUCGCCGUUCAGCAAUCAGAAUGCCAAUGCGGCAGCCAAUUUCCUCAAUUGCCCGCCACGAGGUGGACCGAAUGGCAACCAGCAGCCCGGCAAUCUGCCGCAACAGCAGCAGCAGCCCGGCGGUGGACCGCAGCAGCAGCAGCAGCAACAGCAGCGCGGAAAUGCCGGCAACGGGCAGCAAAACAAUCCGAAUGCCGGACCCGGCGGCAACACCUCCAAUGCACCGCAGCAGCAGCAGUCCACAACCACCACGCUGCAGAUGAAGCAGACGCAGCAGUUGCACAUUAGCCAACAGGGCGGUGGAGCGCAUGGCAUUCAGGUGUCGGCUGGUCAGCAUCUGCAUCUGAGUGGCGACAUGAAGAGCAACGUCUCGGUGGCCGCGCAGCAAGGUGUCUUCUUCAGUCAGCAGCAGGCGCAACAGCAGCAGCAGCAGCAACAGCCCGGCGGCAACAACGGACCCAAUCCCCAGCAGCAGCAGCAACAGCCGCAUGGCGGCAACGCUGGCGGCGGAGUGGGCGUUGGUGUGGGCGUGGGCGUGGGCAACGGCGGUCCCAAUCCCGGACAGCAGCAGCAGCAACCAAAUCAAAACAUGAGCAAUGCAAAUGUUCCCUCCGACGGCUUCUCGCUCUCCCAGAGCCAAAGCAUGAACUUCAGCCAGCAGCAGCAGCAACAGGCGGCCGCCCAGCAGCAGCAGGUGCCGCCCAACAUGCGCCAGCGUCAGACGCAAGCGCAGGCGGCGGCUGCAGCAGCGGCGGCGGCAGCGGCGCAGGCGCAAGCGGCGGCCAAUGCCAGCGGUCCGAAUGUGCCGCUCAUGCAGCAGCCGCAGGUCGGAGUGGGCGUGGGUGUGGGCGGCGUUGGCGUGGGCGUUGGCGUAGGUGUGGGCGUGGGCAAUGGAGGCGUGGUCGGCGGACCCGGCUCCGGCGGUCCCAACAACGGUGCAAUGAAUCAGAUGGGCGGUCCCAUGGGCGGCAUGCCGGGCAUGCAGAUGGGCGGACCCAUGAACCCGAUGCAGUUAAACCCCAACGCUGGCGGUCCGACCGCCCAGCAGAUGAUGAUGGGCGGCGUUGGGGGCGGCGGCGGCGGACCUGGCCAGGUUCCGGGGCCCGGUCCAGGACCCAAUCCCAACCAGGCCAAGUUCCUGCAGCAGCAGCAGAUGAUGCGCGCCCAGGCGAUGCAGCAGCAGCAGCAGCACAUGUCCGGAGCCCGUCCACCACCGCCCGAGUACAAUGCCACCAAGGCGCAGCUGAUGCAGGCGCAGAUGAUGCAGCAAACGGUGGGCGGCGGUGGCGUGGGCGUCGGCGGCGUGGGCGUCGGCGGUGUGGGCGUGGGAGGCGUCGGUGGCGCCAACGGCGGUCGCUUCCCCAACAGCGCUGCCCAGGCGGCGGCCAUGCGGCGCAUGACCCAACAGCCCAUCCCGCCCUCCGGUCCGAUGAUGCGGCCCCAGCAUGCGAUGUAUAUGCAACAGCAUGGCGGAGCGGGCGGCGGUCCCAGGAGCGGAAUGGGCGUACCCUAUGGCGGCGGAGCGGGCGGACCAAUGGGCGGUCCGCAGCAGCAGCAAAGGCCGCCGAAUGUCCAGGUCACGCCCGAUGGCAUGCCAAUGGGUUCGCAGCAGGAGUGGCGGCACAUGAUGAUGACGCAACAGCAGACGCAGAUGGGCUUCGGCGGACCAGGUCCUGGUGGACCCAUGCGACAGGGACCCGGAGGAUUUAAUGGAGGCAACUUCAUGCCGAAUGGUGCACCCAAUGGUGCAGCGGGAAGUGGACCCAAUGCUGGUGGCAUGAUGUCAGGCCCUAAUGUGCCGCAAAUGCAGCUGACCCCGGCCCAAAUGCAGCAGCAACUGAUGCGGCAACAACAGCAGCAGCAGCAGCAACAGCAGCAGCACAUGGGUCCUGGUGGCGGCAACAACAUGCAGAUGCAGCAACUGUUGCAGCAGCAACAGGCCGGCGGCGGGGGCAACAUGAUGGCCAGCCAGAUGCAGAUGUCCAGCAUGCACAUGAGCCAGACCCAGCAGCAGAUCACCAUGCAGCAGCAGCAGCAGUUCGUGCAGAGCACCACCACGACCACGCACCAGCAGCAGCAGAUGAUGCAGAUGGGUCCGGGGGGCGGUGGUGGCGGCGGAGUGCCCGGUUCGGCCAGCAACAACAACGGCGGCGGCGUGGGCGUCGGAGGCGUGGCAGCGGGCGGAGGCAACUCCGCGUCGACCAUUGCCAGCGCCAGUUCCAUCAGCCAGACGAUCAACUCGGUGGUGGCCAACUCGAAUGAUUUGUGUCUCGAAUUCUUGGACAACCUGCCCGUGGACAGCAACUUCUCCACGCAGGAUCUGAUCAACUCCCUCGACAACGACAACUUCAACCUGCAGGACUUCAACAUGCCGUAGACUGUCGGGAACCACUCAAACACCACCUCCAGCCAGCACCAAACACAACCACCACCACCACCACCACCACCACCAUAACCACCACGAUGUUGCCUCAGUUUUGUUUAGAUUUUUAUUUUGUUGCCUGUUGUUGUUAUAUUGGCCUGGGCAGCCGUACCCAAACCGCCCUGCCACCCUACCGCCCCCCCCACUCGGCCCCGCCCCCGUUCCUGCCAACGAAGUUAUUUUGUUUGUUAUUUGUGUGUGAAUUUAUUCCUAAGCUAAGUUCGUUCGUCUAUGUACUCUAAUUUCGCGGGCUCCACUGUAUUGUAUUGUAUUGUAUUGUAUGUAUUAUUAGAGCUGUUCCCAAGGUCCAAGGCGUGCGCCAAAAUGGGGCGUGGCACCGGCGAGAGUUCGCAAGACAUUCCAUAUGCACCGGUCGAACUAGGGAAUUAGGGAAAUUCGAAAAGUAUUUGCAAGUACUUUAAAAUCAACCGAACAGAUUUCAAAUUCACAUACACACCGACACACAGACUCGCUGUGUAACUUAAGCACUUGUACUUAAUGCAAAUUUUAGUGCCACGCCCAGCGGAUUGCACGCCCCAUUUCGUUUGAUUACUUAAGCAAACAACCAGAUGAAAUAAUGGAAGCAAACGCAAAAAGAACCAACAACAAAACAAAAUCGAAAAACAAAACACAAAAUAGUUGUACAUUUUAUAUUGUAUUUAAUUUUAUUUAAUUUUUAU